UUUUGCCCCCAGAGUCUUGGAGGCCAAGCAAGUGGAAAGAAAUGCACAAGAAUUGUGAAGAGAAACAAGAACACAUAUUUACAUAUAUAUAUAUACACACAUAUAUGUAUAUAUAUUAAUGAGAUUCAAUAAAUUGAAGUGAAAUGGUUAUGAUCACAUGGCGAGUUUGAUGGAACACUCAACAUCUACUACUAGUAUUACCAACAACAAAGUGCAAAUCCAAUCUCAUCAACUUGUGCUUCCUUCUUCUUCAAUUCCCACCAAGGUACAACAACCAAGCAUCCUAACCGAAACAUCAACAACAACAACAAUAACCGCGAGUCGAUUCAUGAGAAGACUCUUGGGAUUUCUUUUCCUCCUCUUUCACCUAAUCCUGAUUACUGCCCUAGUAAUCUUCCUAGCAGUGCAAGGCCUCCGCUCCGGUCAUCUCCACGCGACCAAAUGGUACCCGCCGCUUCUCACUUCCACAGCCUGUGCUGCCAUUCUUUCUUCAGUAUGGCAAUGGCUCGCAGACAUCAACACUUCCAAAGCAUUCAAGGCAGCCUUUUGGGUUAGCCCCUUGUUGACAUGUGCAAUUGCUUUGCUCCUUCUUACCAUUGGCUCUUCAGUAAGCCUGGGAGCAGGCAUGGCUGCACUCCUCUGCUCGGUCGUUCUGUCACUCUAUGGCUGCUGGGCCAGUCCCCGAUUUGAUUAUGCGAUUCGGGUUUUGAAAAUUUCCAAUUCUGCUUCACCUCCGCCCAAAGCUACUUCCUUGGUCUUGCUAUCAAUGCUUGUGAGUUUUCUUUACUCUUGCUUAUUGGUGAUUGGUAUUGGUGGAGCAAGGGCUUUGGGGACCAAGUUUGAGGCCUUGUUCAUCUCAAUAAUCCUGCUAAGCCUGGCUUGGACUAUGCAAGUUAUGAGGAACACAAUGAUGGCUUCAAUCACACGUGUGAAGUACAUGUAUUUGGUGUGUGGGAUUGAUGUCGACGCACAUGUUGCGCUCCGCGACACGCUUUGGCACUUGAUGGGAAGUGUGUGCAUAGGCUCGUCACUCGCGCCGGUUCUAGGACUCAUCUGGGGUUCCUCUAGAGCCAUGAAAUUGGUUGCAGGGGACACGGAUGAGUUUCUGUUUUCGUGCGCCAAUUGCUAUGCGGGGGUUGCUUCCACUCUGGUGAUGUAUGGGAAUAGAUGGGGCUUUGUUUAUGUGGGAGUCUACAAUAGGGGCUUUGUGCAGGCAUCAAUGGAUGCGUGGAGCGUGUUCAGAAGGACCGAGUUGGAAAUGCUGAUCGAUUCGGAUCUAAUGGGAUCUUUCUGUUUCCUCUCUGGGGUGGCAGUGGGUGCAAUCUGCAGCCUAGUGAGCGGAUCAUGGGCACUAGCGGUUCACAAGAGCUACGCAACAGAACUUUCACUUUAUGCCUUCUUCAUUGGUUACUUCAUGAGUCGGAUAGCCAUGGCAUGGCAACAAGCAAGCCUCACAGCUUACUACGUGGCUUACGCUGAGAAUCCACAAAACUCGCGGUUUGACUCCACCAUUCCAUCUCGCAUUCAAGAGCUUCGGAGAGUUCAAGCUUGAUAAGCACAAGCCAAGAACAACGUCCUAACUAAUACGCCAGAAGUAGCUGCUUGAAGAUUUUCUUUUAACCCAGUUUUCUUUUCCAAUUCUUGUAUGGACUUCGAACAUAUGAACUUGUAACAAAAUAAUAGAUUUUGUUUUA